AUGAGCCGGGCCAGUGCCAAAGGAGGGGCCAAGCGCCGAAAGAACAAGCGGGGUGGCGGAGGCGGGGACCACAGGGCCAUAAGCAGUGUCGUGAUGGACACCCCCCCAGCCGCCGCCGGCAUCGGGGUGCCGGGCGCUACAAUGGCGGCCACCAGGCCACCGCAUGCGGGUGAAGGUGUGGGCAUAGCAGCUUCCGGUGGCGGCUACUUGGAGACGUCUUUUAACUUUGGGGAGCCUCGAAGAAGUCCAGUCUCCCCCACUGUUGAUUACUGUGUUCUGUGCCGAAGCGAGCGGAAAGAUACUUCUUCUCUAGAGAGUGGGAUUGAGGCUGCGAGAAAAUUGGGGCUGUUCCUGGCUCCUGUGGGCAGCAUUGUGCCAUACCAUACUCUGUGGGUGUGUCUGCACUGCCAGUGGACAUUAGAGAAGAUGAGGAUUUAUGGUAGCUUAGAUCAGUCAGCGCCGGGCCAAGACGUCCCUGGCCAGGGCCCUCUUAGUGAGUCCCAGGAAGAGGCAGCGGGCGGGAGGUUGCCCCGACCCUCAGAGAUCCCACGUUCCAUUGAGAUCUGCAAGGAGCCCAGAGCAGUCUCCCCAGAGGCAGACCCCGAGUCGCAGCAGCUGCAGAACUACUGGGCUGAAGUGCGUUACCUAGUCCGCUGUAUAUACCGCCAUGCAGGGACCCCAGGGGUGCCCAACAGGGAGUGGGUGAAGGAACUUGUGGACAGACUCUGUAAGUCAGACCCCUCCCAGCUAUACCAGAGGUUAGAUCAGCAAGCCCGAGAUUACCUGCUAGAGAUGAAGAUCAACCUCUUGCAGCGGCUGUCAGCCUCCUCCAGAGCGCCAUCCUGCUUGCAGAAUCCUCUGCAGGCCUACCAGUUCAUCUCCCUGCUCCUUAAGGAGUAUGGCAUCUUCUGUCAGGCAGCACGCACCAUCAGCUCUUUCCUAGUCACUCUAGAAAAUAAACACUUGAAUGUGUUCCAGGUCACAUGGGAGCUGCAUAAUAAACACCUGUUUGAAAAUCUGAUUUUUUCUGAGCCUCUUCUCCAGUGCAACUUGCCAGCACUGGUGUCACAAAUCAGGGUGGGGACUAGAAUACAAGACCCCUGCAGCAGUGAAUUAUACAUCACCUUGCUGCAACAGUUCCAGCACUUGAACGAGGAGAUGCACAGUGUUGCCAAGGAGUGGUUGGACUGCCAGAAGAGGGUCAGUGUCUACAUCAAGGAGAAGGUAAGAAUGCAAUCCAAGCUAGCAAAAGACUUUAAGCAUUUUAAACAGGGGCAAUUCCAUGAAAAGCAGAUAACCGGUAGGAGAGUAGGCACUGUUGAGACCUUGAGCGAUGCCAUGAGGCAUGUGCUGUCACCACCUGAUCGCCGCUAUGACCCGAGCCACUCACACAUCCUCAUUAGUAGCCUCAUGGACCCUCCCACCCCCAGCAGCACCCGUGUCUGCCAGCCACCACACCAAAUGGGUUCUUCUGCUCCUGACCGUCACUCUGAGAGUCACCUGUCCAGCACGUCAUUACCAAGCUUGGGGUCAGGUUCCGGCUCUCCCAUUCCAGUCCUGCAGCAUCCCAGACGCAUCCCCACAGACAUAUCUACACCACCUGUUUGCAGUGAUGAUGAUGAUGUGGCUUCAUUGUCAGCUAGACUUGCUAAUAUUUGUCCAUUGGGUAGCAACAGUGCUGAGGAAGGGAACAAGAGGUCUGAUGCCCAGGGAGAACCUGGUGGCCUCUUCCUCAGCAGCUCCAUCCUGGCUGUGCCAGCCUGUUACAGCCCCCACUACGAAGGGCAAGGUAGCAAGAAAGAUGGCCAUGACCCACAGAAGGAAGGCAGGGAAAAGAGUGCAGAUAAAGACAACUGCUCUGAGCACAGCUCCAACUCAAGCAACAGCAGCUGUGCCUGCACCUGCACCUAUGCUGGCCAGAAGGAGGGCAAGUACUGUGACUACUGCUGCGAAUUCUUCAGGCACAACUGGCCUUCAGCUGCACCAAAAGGCAGAAAUUACGAAGGCAUGAGGGAAAAGCUUCGUUUCCGGCUGGCGAAGAGAAAAGAAGAGCAAUCUAAGAAAACAGAUCAGCUCUCAGAACAGGAAAGUGUGGGGGUGGAUCAUCGCACAGUGGAGGACUUGCUGCAGUUCAUAAACAGUUCAGAUACCAAGCCUGCGAGCAGCACACGGGCAGCCAAGCGGGCAAGACAUAAGCAAAAAAAACUGGAGGAGAAGACUCGCCUUGAAGCAGAGGCCAAGGCCCGGGAACAAGAACACCUCCAAGAGGAGCAGAGGCGACAGGAGCAGAAACAACAGGAGCAGAAACAACAGGAAGAGAUGAAGGAGCAGCUCCAAGCUGUGAGAAAGAAGGAAAAACAAAAAAGAGACUCUCCCAAGUUGGACAUGCCUCAUGGAAAUUCCAGGGCAGCAAUAAAGCAUGUGUCUUCCUCUGCACACAUACACAGUGGUUCCCUCGAGCAAACUGAAGAAUCUCAUUCACCUUCCAGACACGCAGUCUGCCCAGGGUCCGGGGCUCGCGGGGAUUCCAAGUUCGUCCUGACAAAGGAGGAACCCUUCUCUUUUCUCCUGGACACAACACGUCACCACAAGGAGGGGACUGGCAAACAAAAGCCAAAACAGGCAUGGAAGGCCAGCAGUGAGCCAUGGAGGAGGCCUGCAGAGUUCUCCAGCGCCUCAGAGGUCCAGCCCAGAUCCCAGACCCAGGCUGAGCCAAAGGCUAAAGUGCUUGAUCUUCCUUCGAUGUCAGAGCAGCAGAGAAAGGAGAGAAACGUCAGCAGAAGCAGUAACAAGAAACAGCUGGACCAGGCCAAAUCAGGAAAGGCAAGCUCAGGCCCCACUGAGCCCACCUGCCCUACUAAGCAGGUGCCCCGCAGCAAGCUGGUGUUGGCAGACACCCCUCAGCCCAAGGGCAAGAGCAAGAAAAACAGGAAGAAAAAGGGAGGUGGAGAUGGAGAUGGAGAUGGAGAUGGAGAUGCCAGACCCAGCUGGUUCGAAGAGGUCUUUAUGCCUAAAGACAUCGACCUAGACGAUGAGGAGAUGGAUGAGACAGAGAGGGAAGUGGAGUAUUUCAAAAGAUUCUGCUUGGAUUCCACCAGACAAACCCGACAAAAACUGUCCAUAGACUGGUCUGAUUUUAGCUUUAAAAAACGACCUUUUCUGCCCCCUAAGUGA